AUCAAUAUAACACAACAUUCCAGACAUCUGUCGAUUCGAUUACUCCGUCCAUCGUGCCCAUCAUCAAUGGCCCGAUGACGCACUCCUCAUCAGGGUCGCUUCGCCCGCGUCGAUCCCACGCCUUGGGAGCUUGUUCGACGUGUAGACGUCGCCACGUGAGAUGUGACCAAAAAAGACCCGCCUGUCGCUCUUGUCGCACCCUGGGCUUGCGCUGUGAAGGCUUCCCGGGCAAAGUGCGCUGGAUGCGCUCCAGUGGCGUUGGUGAGGAUGGUGCUGAGGAUAUUCAUCAUGGAACUCGCCGGCAUCUUUAUACCGAGCGUUCUAGAUUGUCGAUGAGCAAUUCGCUAGGAGCGGAUCUAGUAUCAGGCUCAAUAGAUGCCUCCUUGGCCGAAAUCGACCUCAGAUCACGAGACCCAACACGAUCUUCAGAGAGUGAGAUCGUUGUUGGUCCAUUCUCAGUUCUGGAUUUUACUCCAUCUCGGCUAUCAGGAGAUCGUGUCUCUGCUCGGCCUGCUGCUCAGGAGGUGAAUCAGGAAUCCCCUGUGACUCCAAUGCCACUAGCUGCACCCAUCCCUCCAGGCGGUACCGGUGUUAGUGAUACAUCUACGUCUGGCCCUGCACCCUCCAUGUUGGAGUCUCUAGAGUACAUGGAUGACUUUCUUCGCUGGUCUGAUAUAUUGGGGUUCAGCCCCGACCAACUGGGAUCCUCUUUACAGCCUCCGUUCGAUGUCGGCCUAAGUGGCUACGGAGAUUCUUGGGAUUUGACUUCGGAAACCAUGUUUGGGUCUGGUUUGUUGGUCAUGUCCGAUCAUAUCCAAAACUCUUCCCAGGGACCAAUUUCAAGUCACAAUGCUGUGGGUGUGGGAUCAGAACAGUUGGAUAUUCUGGCGGACGUACCCUUCUUAUUGAAGCAUUUUCAGGAUAUCGUACUCCCGAAGAUGGUAGCGAUGCCUCUUGGUCAAAAAUCUCCAUGGAAAACGCUCAACAUUCCGGGUGCUAUGGCUACUUUCGGCGACUUGACUAUCCUCGAGACACAAGACAUAAGCCUUGCCCGUUUAGCAAACCUCUAUGCCAUUUUGGCAUGUUCUGCGACAUACCUCGCCCUAAAUCCCAGCAGCUGUUUGGAGCGGUCUGUUGACCAUUGGCAAAGCGUAGCGGGUCAAGCGUUUGAGGAAGCUAAAGGCCAUAUGAAGAUGUCGCUAAAGAAUGAAACCGAAGAACCGAAGAAGGCCAAGUAUAAAGAUCAGCUAAUGGCCCUCUGUGCCCUGAUCGAAUAUGCGGUUAUUUCAGGCCAGCAAAAUUAUGCCCGAUGUUUCAUGGUCGAUGCAGAGCGACUUCUGCGCCUUCGGGGCCUGUCAAAACAUAGAAUUCCUCAGAAAGCUCGACUUCUGCAUCAUGUCUACACAUGGCUACGGAUCGUAGGUGAAAGUACUUAUGUAUUACACGACUACAGCCCAUCUAGCUCUUUCUUAGAGAGCCUCGAAUCUAAUUUUCGACUUCGUCGUCCCGGUGACAAUGCGACGGCCACAAGCGAGUGGAAUACGCGGCUAGACGAUUUCCUGCGCCUCGAGUCUCGGAACCCAGACUGCGAUCUCAAUAUUAAUGAGCCCAAGGACCGCGAAACUGGUUUUUAUGACAUCCAUUUGCAGGAUUCAAGAAGCUUUCCGGAGACCUUAUAUAAACAGACCUACGGUAUUCCGGAGACAUGGUUGAGCUUAGUGUCGCAGACCACCAGGCUCGCAAAUGUCAUGGAAUCUUUCCGUAUCGCGCAAAAGUCAUACAAGGGAAUCAAUGUUGAAGCAUGGGAGACCCUACAUCGACGCAGCGUGCUCUUAGAGAACAUGAUCUGUUCCUUUAGCCUUGGCCGAUCGCGGGAUGGGAAAAUAGAGGACACCGACACCUCGACGGCAGCACGGCAUAUGAUCCAUGCAUUGAGCGCAGCUUUGGUAAUCUUCUUCUAUCGCCGCAUCCGCCAGGUUCAUCCCGUAGUAUUAGGGGGUGAGGUGGACAAGGUUAUAUCAGCAUUGAACCACUUCAAUACCGCAAUGCCGCAUGAGAGUCUUACAGGCCCGGGAACUGCCUGGCCGGCAUUCAUCGCAGGGUGCGAAGCUAUCACGGAUUCCCAGCGUGAAGAAUUCAUGCAAUGGCUUAACGAGGCGGACUCCAAGUGCGGGUUUGCUGCUUUCCGAACGGCCAAGGGCAUUAUGGCUGAGUUGUGGCGCAAACAAGAUCAACAUCUAGCUACUGAUCGUGGGGAGCCUGUCCCGACGUGGAUUGACAUCACGAGACAAGCGCAAUUAUGGCCCAUGCUUUGCUGAAUUUU